AUGAGUAGAAGCAGCAGUAUGGCCGAAAACACGGUCUCCAACAGCCUACCACCGUCGUCUGCCCAGUCAAAGGUCACGGUCGGGGGUAGCGGUCCAGCUUCCGGUGGAGCAGGAGGAAUGCAUCAUCAUCACCAUCACCAUCAUCAUCAUCACCACAAUCACCAUAAAUCGAUGGACAUGGGCGGUACGGGCAAGGCUGGCGGAGGUGGAAGUAAACAUCACACUAAUGUAAUUCACCGGACUACGAGUGAAAGUUUACGACUGGGUGGUGGAGGAGCCGGCAGUGGCUCUACAAUGAACAACAGUGUUAGCGGCAGCACAGGUGGUGCAUCCACGAUGGGGAGUAGCGGUGGGAACGGCAACAUGGGCAGCAACGAAAACUCUGUCAGCAGCAGUAUGCUAAAUUCGUCCACAUCGGCGAACAGUAUUUCGCGGAAGAGUGGUAGCACAUCGACCGGCGGUGGCGCCGGUCAUGGAGGAGCUGGAGGUGGUGGAAUUGGUGGUGGUGCUGCUGGACCCGGUGGCAAAACGUCGUCCUUCACGAUCACAUCGGUGAUCGUUGGUCCGGGAAAGCACAGUGCCGACAAUGGUGACGAUUCGGCAGAUGAUCUGGAUGAGUCGCACACCGACGAUAACAGCCGGAUAACGGACUUUGAGAAUGAAACUCCCAGCUUUUCGGAGGACACCUUCAGUAAGGAGGAUGUGUUCUUUACGAACGCGAUCGGCAGUGUGCCAGUCAUUCCGACCAGUUCACAGUACGGGUUGGCGAUCGUAGCGCCGAAUGAUCGAACUCACGGUGGGGAGGUACUGGCCGACGCGAUGCACGUCAGUGUUACGGACGGCGGCAUCAACAUCAUGGGGCACGGCAAGGGUGAAAUGAGUGACGGGAAGGAGCUGCAUCAUCGGAACGAGCGGUUUAAGGUGGUUAAGAUUGAAAGUACGGAACCGUUCAAGCGUGGCCGGUGGGUGUGCAUGGAUUAUCUCGACCAUACGACGCUACAGCAGCCGAAAGAAAUCUCGACCGGUGCGGAAGGCAAUGAGGCGGUGGGCGGUGGCACGAAUGCAUCCGUUACCACGCAGGACAGUGGCGUUGGCAUGAACGAUAACGCUAGUUUCGCACCUUCGGACGGCACGGUGGCGAACGAGUUACCCAGUAUGGAUUACCAUCCGAACGCGGUCAACUCAUCGCCGGUAGUAGUGGGCAGUUCGGUAGCCGCAUCGACGUCAACGAAUACCGCCUCCAAUGUAAACAGUACGCUACACGGAAUGCUAAACAACGAAUCUCCCGGCCAGAGUCUAAAUCUUCCUCUCGCUGGUGGAAACACAAGCGGAGGUGGAGCUGCCGGAGCUACUGGCAACACUGCUACUAGUCACGUGCAGUCUACCAAUACCGCGGGCCAAGGCAACGGUACCGUCAGUGGUGGGACAGGUAUACCCCACAGUUUACCUCAGUCGCAGCUUCAGAAUGCGCUGGCGGGCCAGCAACCGCAGCAACAAAACGCAGCGUACUCGCAAGGACAGCAAGGACAAUCCCAAUACUAUCCUCACACGAUGACGAACCUGGCUGACCUGAAUCAGCAGUCUGUGUCGAACCCGCAAGCCCAUCAACACCAUCAACACGGUGCUACUCUUCCAAGUAACAUGCAAAUUCACCCGCAACCACAACCACCCCAGCAGCAACAGCAGCCCAGCAACACCGCUGUCUCUUCCAACAACAUUCUUCCGCCACUGGUCGCGCCGAUCCCAACAUCACAGGAGAUGAACAUUAUAAUCAACAAUCCGACCAUCCAAUCGAGCUUCCCGUCACCCCACCAGCAGUUUAAGCCACAGCAACCGCAACAAACAGCCUCCCAGACAAACUCGCCCGUCGUCGUUCCCACGUCCCUGCUCGACAACAAUGCGACCGUCACCGGGGAAACCGUACCCCUGAACAAUGCCACCUCGGGCACAACCAUCCUUUCGCCAUCCACCGGUACGGGCAAUGCAGGUUCUGCCAUCUCCUCGACUACUGGUGGCGGCAGUGCUCACGAUACAGCUGGUUCUGUAUCGAUCGUCACGGAUCCACUGAUGAAUUCUUCACCGUCGGCAACUUCCUCACCGGUGACUUCGUCCGCUCAGAUAAUUCCACAACCGGCACCGUUUGCACCUCCACCGGGUGCUGGUGCUUCGACCGCAGCGAUCGGUGAUCCUUCCUCCACGGUUGCACAGAACGCUACCCCGGCUCCCAAUUCCGUUACUAGCGGCAGCAACAGCAACACUGCUGUCGGUGGUGGUACCACCACUUCAAACGGUGUCGUCGCGGCUGGAUCUCCGUCGUCUACCGGUGCUAUCGGUUCGGCCAGUUCGAUCGCCGUUGCGUCGGUCGCCGGUAGCUCGGGCACCGAUCAGCUGUCGUCGGAAGCGAAACUAUUAUCAGCUGUAUCUGGCGUUACGGCUGGAACUGCUGCUGGUGAUGGCGAGGAUCCAGAGAAGGCGAACGCUGAAGAUGGCGAAAGCAGCAGCGGGUUGCAGGCGCAGCAGCAACUGCCGUCUCUGCCAUCUGCAAAGCAACAGCAGCAGCACCCGUUAAGCGCAAACGCUUUUCCCGAUGCGAAUGCGUCGAAUGACAAUUUCCAGAAUGCUUCACUAGACAGAGGUGUUAUGCUGGCAGCACUGCAGCCACAGAUCGCUCAGCAGCCACAGCAAAUGCCACAGCAGCCGGCACCGCAACAGUAUCCGCAGUAUCACACACCGUUGUAUCACGAGAAUGCGGACAAGCUCUCGAAAGCGUACUCACUGCCACCGUCUAUGAGUGCGGCUGCGAAAGAAUCGCUUCGGAAGGAACUUGCCCAAAGUCGUCUAGAGCAGCAACAGCAACAGCACGCCGCACGCAAGUUCCAACCUGUUGCACGCGCUUUCAAUGUUGUUAUUACCUCUGGCAGUACAACCGGAACCACUAACCCUUCCAGCACAACGCAAGUUUCGGGUCCGACGAACACCAGCAACAUCUACACCAAUAUUGCACUGGGAAAAAGCAUCCAAAACCUCAUGAAACCUACACCCAUACUGGCGACGGCGGUGGCCAAUCGCUUAACAGGAGGAUCGCUAACACGUUCAGUCGGUGCCCUUGGGUCGUGUCGAGAGUUGCCAGAAGGUACGCCGGCACCGGAAGCAACCGGUUACUGUCGAGCCGCCAGCAGUCUGCUGAGCAAUUUUACCGGCAGCAACAGCGUGAGUGCGUGCACGGCAACGUAUCCGCAUCGUUGUGUGCAGGAUUUAAUCAAGGAGGAGCUUGGCGGCAGCCGGCUGAGCAAGGCGGGAAGUAUGAUCAAUAUGAGCACCGAUUCGGAACUGUUUACCGCCGACGGUUCACAGUCGCAUCCUGCGUCGGGACGCUCGAGCCCAGCGUACCUGCAAGGAACAACGCCAGUCGGUAGUCCGCCACGAUUCCUGAACACCCUCGGUCCCUCGUACAGUGGCGGUGGUGGUGGAGGAAGUGCCCGCGUUAGCCGAGCUCCCUCGCCCUCUGUUCUUCACGCAAGCGCUGGUGGCGAACACGCAAGUGCUUCGGGAACAAGUGCGGUCGCCAUCGAUAACAAAAUCGAGCAAGCAAUGGAUCUGGUCAAAUCGCACCUCAUGUUUGCCGUGCGCGAAGAAGUGGAAGUACUAAAGGAGAGGAUAUCGGAGCUCAUGGAUCGCAUUAACCAGCUCGAGUACGAGAACGGCAUUCUCAAAGCGAACGCAUCACAGGAAACAUUGGCGCAACUGACCACCGGCGGUAAUAGCGUGGCAGCAGCGCCAACAGUCGCAGCCACAGUGCAGCAGCAGGUUACGACCACCACUACCGCCAAUGCCGGUUCCACCAAAGCACCAACCUCCUCGGCAAACCCUGCCAACGGUUCUGUUUCCUAA